ACACGCACGCGCGCACACACAUACAUCAACAAAUAUUUCUCGAUUGCCUAAUUGUAAUGGGCAAGUUGCUCCGGGCAACUUAGUGACAGAUCAUAAGAUUGUGGACUCAGAGCUGCCAAGGGCCUUAGAGGCUCUCUGGUCCCCCACCUUAUUUUUACCAGGGAAACUGAGGCCUCGGGGGCCAAGGGGCUUGCUUUACGUUACUCAGCUAGCUCGGGGAUCGGAUCGGAUCGGAUCGGAUCAGCAACGCCGCUCGCUUCUCGGGCUGGGACCCGGAGCCGGAGCCUGGGGGCGGUGGGGGGCUCGGGAGCAGUCGCAAGCCCCGGGGUCCAUGUGCCCCCUGGCCCGGGUGUCCCACUGACUCGAGGAGAGGGGUCUCCCCUUUGCUACGUGCCGUCCAGUCGGCUCCCGAGCCUCGCGGGUGCAGCUUCUUCCCGUCCUCUCCCGGCUAGUCAAGCAGAACUGCCUUAGAGGAAGACUAUGGCCAGGUACAGCCACCAGAGCCUCCUGGACUGGCUCUACGGGGGCGUGGACCCCAGCUUUGAAGGCAACGGGGGCCCUGACUGUGCCGCGUUCCUGUCGUGGAAGCAGCGGCUGCUGGAGAGCGGGGCCUUCCUGGUCCUGGCCGUGCUGGAGAUCCUAGUGGCCCUAUGGCAUCUCCUGUGGAAGCCCAAGGAGGACGGGGGAGCCCGAGGGGCCUUCACUCGCCUCCGAUCGCAACCGCAGCCCGCGGCCAAGGAGAGCCUGUUCAAGAAUCUGCUCCUCGUGGCCCUGUGCCUGACCUUCGGCGUGGAAGUGGGCUUCAAAUUCGCCACCAAGACCGUCAUCUACCUGCUCAACCCCUGCCACCUGGUCACCAUGAUGCACAUAUUCCUCUUGGCCUGUCCUCCCUGUCCGGGUGUCGUGGUCAUCUUCAGGCUACAGAUGCACAUGCUAAAUGGAGCUCUUCUGGCAUUGCUUUUUCCUGUGGUGAACACUCGUCUGCUCCCCUUGGAGUUGGAAAUUUACUACAUCCAACACAUCAUGCUCUAUGUGGUGCCAGUGUAUCUGCUGUGGAAAGGAGGUGUCUACACUCCUGAGCCGCUCUCCAACUUUUGGUGGGCCCUCCUGGCAACUGGCCUGAUGUUCUUCUAUCAUUUUAGCAUUUUGCAGUUCCUGGGCCUGGCCACAGAGGUGAAUCUGAACAACAUGCUGUGCCCAGCCAUUUCUGAUCCGUUCUAUGGCCCCUGGUACCGGAUCUGGGCCUCGGGCCACCAGACCCUCAUGACCAUGACCCACGGCAAGCUGAUCAUUCUGCUCGCCUCCACUGUGAGGCCCGUGUUCAAGUACGUGCUGGAUUUGCUCCACCUUCCCACCAAGAAAAUUGACUGAAGAGUUGACUCCGCCAUCUUGGAGAACACUCCUUUCUUGAUGCCAUCAAGAAAGGGGGAUUGUGUGUGUUGUGUUUCUUUUUCUUCCCAUCCCCCUGCCUUCCCCCUGGCUCAGGCUGCUCAUGAAGCCUGAAGCCAGGACCCCUGGGCCCAUUUCUCUUUUCUCCUCCUGCUCCUGGUGGCCUUACCUGGAGAGGCGGCAGCUGAUCUCUCUUCUCUCCGUGCAGGUGCUUUAGUGACAGCUCUUUGAGGAAGGAAGGUGCUACAGCAGCAAAACCAUGAAAACAUGUUGUUUCCACUGCCAGGGACGCCCAGGCCCAUCUCCUCUGUUAGUACAUCCCCCACAAUGGGCUCGUACCUCAUUUCUGUACCAGCACCGAGCCCAGGGCUUUGGGGAGGGGGGUGAAUUCCCUAAAUCAGCCAAAGUAGGCACUGGGCCAGCCUGGGACCACCAAAUCUGAGUAUGAAAUUUCUAUUGCAGGGUGAGGGGUGGGGCCAGAGGGAGGGUGAGAAGACAGAGCUGUAGGGGGGGGGUGAUUUUUUAGGGAGCUGGGCCUCAGUUAUUCUCUGUCAAAUUAAGGGAUUGAACCAGAAUUCCUCCACCAUCCUUUCUCAUUCUAAAUAGAUGAUUCUCUGGUCCUAUAUUUGACCUUGGGCAAGUCACUUCCCAUUGAUGGGCCUCAGUUUCCUCCUUUGAAAAAUGAGGUGGGGGGAAGGUUGAACUCAAUGACCUCUUUUGAGACCCCUUCCAGCUUUCAAGCUGGUAUUCUACCAUAAUAGAUCUAGAAUGAAUAGCUGGGAACUCUCCCCCCCCCCCCCCCAACACACACACAUACAUUCAUCCAUUGCCAUAAGAAUGGAGACCUCCAUGCAAAUGCUGAUUGUAAAUAAGCAAGCCAAUUGGUUAUUGUGCCACAGAAUCAAAAGCAUGAUGGGAAACCUAGGGGCUUUUGCCUUAAGCAAGUAGCAUUAUAAGGAAGUGACUCAUGUGAGAGGGUGCUUAUGUUGGAGUUUGAAGAGCUCUAGGAGGCCCUGAGCAAGUCAUUUCAUCUGUCUGUGCCUCUGUUUCCUCGAUUCUAAAACAGAGAUCCUAGUAGCACUGAUUUCCCUGGGUGGAUGGGAGGCUAGAAUGCAAUGCAGGGAAAGAGCAUGCUCUAGAAAUGCUCGCUAUAAUUAUCCAUGGUUUGGCCAAUGUGAAGAGCACCAUGGCGAUUCAGCAAGGUGCCUACUGGACUGUCCAGAGCUUUCAAGGCGAAGCUCUUAGCUGGGGAAACCCCGAUCCCUUGUCAUUGGCCCACUUGGCACUGAGUGGCUCCUUGGGAGUGUUGGCUUGUUUCUCACUAUCCACCCUCCCAGGCUGCUCCAGGAGGUGACCUCCAUUGCUUGAAAGUCAGCCCUGAAUGUAUCUCAGGAGAGGUCACGACUGGCCAUUUGGGGAUCCCUAACAAAGGAGAAGAGCCUUGAAGGCCUUUGUCGUACUCGAGCAUCCUUCGAGGCAGUAGGCAGCCCACCACUUUUAGUGUGUUUGCAGUCGAGGAGGGAAGGUGGUCUAGGUAGACACAGGCACUUGGAGUGCAGGAAGAAAGGCAUGCUGGGAGAGCACCCAUUGCUCCUGUAGGCAGUUGAGGUGUUCAGUGGUUCUCCGAGUCCCUCCUCAUCACAUCUCCCCAGCCCACUUUCCUGACUGUGCCAAGACCACUCACUAGCCCACUUCCAGGCAUCAGCAGGGGCAGUUGGAAGGAGGGUGGAGAGAGUGGCUGGUGGAUGAGGGACCCAUUGUUGGAGGCAGCUCAGCCAGGUUCCCCCACCCCUCGCCCUGGCUUUGGUCCUCCUCUCCCUUCCUCGAACCCAGGGGCCUUUACGGGACAGCCUUGCUAUUGAAUUCCUUUGCUGUAGCCCAAAUCGUGAUUUUCCUUGGCCGCUGAGGGUCGGUCGGUGAUCCUGGGGCAAUAAACUGGGACUCUUCCCCAUGAGUAGAGGCGCGUCCCUGGAAGGGAGCUGGCUCGCUCACUGGGGGCCUCUUCUCUCCACCCCCAGCUCUACACAAGGGACUUCCAUUUCCUUCUAAGAGAUGGACAUUCUGGGAACAUUUUUUCUCAAAGGUAGUGAAGGCAUGGCAGUAUUGUAGUAGUGGCUAGUGGUAGGUCAACUUGGGCACAAGCCGCACGUCUGACACACAGUGGCUGUGAGUCCCUGGGUCAGUCAUUUCUCUCUGGGCCCCAAGACUGAGGAAAAGCAAACAGGAAUAAUGAUCCCUGGGAGGUUGAGGGUAUGAUGGGAAAGGUGCUAGAUGUGGAGUCCGAGGGCCUGGGUUGAAACCCUAGGCUAGGCCCUUAGCUCCUCAGGGUCUGAGUUGCUCCCUGAGACUUCCUAGUUGCAGAGUGGAUGCUGGGCUGAAUGGGCAGAGACUUCCCACCAUCCCAAUUGCGUUUGGAUCCGCAGACCAGAAGGCAGAACGGUGCCCAGUAAACCGGUCCAGUUGGCCCAGCCACUGCAGGUUGGGGAGCUCAAGGCCCCAAGCAGGAAUAGAACACCCACUCCCUAUUGACUCUUUCUGGCAGUGACUCAGUUCUGUACACAGGCAUGCUGCUCCUGGCUCAACUGGGGUCAACGCAGACCAAGCUCUUCAGAAAACGCUUGCUUCCUCUUUCGUAUCAUCCCCUGCUCUCCCGGCUUCCCUUUAUCAAACACAAGACCACGUAGGGCAACGAGCACGGGCCAACUCUUUCCCUGCCCAUUCCAGGGGUGGGAGUCUCCGAACGGGGCGCCCAAUGGCUGGUGCUCCCAGUAUUCCGUUUGAAAGCUGCAGGACGAGUGAACAGCGCUGACCCCGCUGCGAUGGCCCUCUGGGACACCCUCCAGCCCUUAGCCCACCUUUCCAAACUCCAGUCGUUGUUGCUAUUGUUGUCGUAAAAGUGUUUUCUCCAGUUUCGUGACCUUCGAACCCCACUCGGCCGGCCAGGACUCCUCAGGUCAUUCUCUUGGAGUCUUUGGACUUGUAGCCUUGGCGAUUUCUGUUCCUGAAGCUCCCUGAGUGAGGUGGGGCCCUCACCCGGGACCCAUUGUGCAACUGUUUUGUAGGGUGACAUCAUUAAACGAUUUACGAGAA